GUAGCGUUCCGGUUGCCACGACGACAGCGUUGUUCCCUGCGGGCGGGGCCGAGCGAGCGCCGCAUCCUGUGCGGGCCCGGAGCUGCCCUUCCCCCUCCGGCCAGGGCCCCGCGCGGCCCCCGGCCCGGCCCCCCCCAUGCCGCGGAAGGCGCUGGUCUGCGCCCUGGAGCUGGAGCUCCGCUCGAUAACUUGCCCUGGAGUGUUGCUGAAAGACAAAAGCGAACUCUAUCUCAGCGCCUGUGUAUUUGGACAGUACAAAAGGACUCAAUGUGUCCCUGCAGCAUUUCCACUCUUCUUAGAAAAGAAACUAGUAUUUGAAAAGGUAUUUACUGAUGUAGUUGAUCCUGGAGAACUUGUUGAGCUACUUGAAUUUGACACAGCAGUACUUGAACUAAUACAACUUGUUCCUCCAGUGGGAGAAAUUCUAGCCACUUAUGAAGAAAAUAUAAGAGAUUUCCUGUUCCCUGACCCUAAGCUUACUCGUGGACAUCAUGGUUCAGAUCGCGAAGUUUUAAUGAAGAGGUCUUCUAGUUUUACAGGAAUUGCACCAAAAUUGAGAUUUUCUACCAGCUCCCUUAUUACAGAAAGCCUGUUAAGUUCAGGAAGGAUUCAUGUACAGGAUAAUUUGGAUUGGGUGCAUCAUUCAACACCAAAUGGAAGAUUACAAACAAGGUCACUAAAGAAAAACACCCCUUCACCUGAGAAAAACAGGCACUGCUUAGCAACAAAGAACUAUGAGCAGCCCACAAUAGCUUCUAAAUCACGAUCUCCAUCUCCAUAUACAAAAAGACGAAUGUGUGAGCUAUCAGAAGAAGCCAGACAACGACUGGCCCAUUUAAACCUGGGGCCUUUUGAAUUCAGAAGAGAAACUGAUAAACCUCCAUUUGUAGUUAGACGUGUUGAACAUCUGAGCCCCACUGUUGAUGUUCAUACUUGGCGUCCCACCAGAGAAAGUGGACGAGAAGCUUGGUCCAGGGUAUCUUAUGAUCCUUCUCUUCUUGGCAGCUAUAGACCCAAGCAUACUAAAAUGAUCAGGUCUCAUCAUGGGAAAGACUUAGAUGGCUCUUCUGACAGCUGUGAUGAGCACCCGAUCUCGGGUACUGCUAGUAGGCGUUUUUGUUCUACUAGUUCAUUAGUACGUUCAGCACCCUCCUCAAUGCAGAAACAUUCCUCAAGUCCUGUACUAAACCGUUCUUCGCUUAGAGAAAGGUUCUACCUCGAGAAGAAAAGAAUAAUUUAAACUGCUCGUACAUACUGCUAGGUUCUAAAUUAACUGUAACCGUUCCAGAAAAAAACAUUGUCUGAUGUAAUGAAAAAAUCUGCACAGUGAUGGUCAAAGAGCAAACAAAAUCUUAAACUAUAUAAGGAAUCUGAAAAUAUGCCGAUAUAUAAAUCAGAUUUAAUCCUCACCUGGAUGACUGUCAGUUCUAUGCAUCCUCUCUCCAAAGGGAGAUAGUUGAAACAGGAAGGGUUCAAAAAUGGAUGACAAAUGAUUAGAUGCAUGGAAAUAUUCUGUAGGAGGAUAGGUUGAAAAGAUUGGGACUGUUUACAGGGAAGACAAGGAGGCAUACUAAAUAAUGAAUAAUUUAGAACAGGUAAAAUGGAUACAGAAAAAUGGAGGAAAGAACAGGAAUCUUGAAGUAGAACACUUCUGGAAUAACCUGCCCAUAUUUGGAGUUGCUCAGUUAGAGGUUGGUUAUUCUCUGAAGCAUGAGAAUUUAGAUCACAUUGAAACCUUUGGGUUUUCAUUGUCAUCUUUCUUGCCACUUCCCUUUUGGGGGUCGAUGACUUCUAUAGUCUUCUUCCAAAACUCAUGAUCGUAUACGAGGCUGUUGCACAGAUUGGCCUUUAUGAGGUCUAUUGAUAUCUGGUCAAUGUGCCAUAUCUUUGGUCUUCCCCUAGGUGGUCAUCUGUCCACAAUCAUGGAAAAGCCAUCCUACUGAUAUAGCUGUCUGAUCUCUGCUUGAUAUGCCCAUACCAAUGUAGAUUAGCAUCCCUCAACUUGUCUUCACUUGGAGAAACCCACAUAAAGCCCCUUACAACCUCAUUUUGUUUCCUAUCCUAGAAUGUCCAACCAUUUGAC